AUGUCUUCUCGCAAGCGGCGUGCUUUGGUCGCCCUGCAACUCCGGGAGGACGGCCGUUGGAUCCCAGGGAAGAAGCCAGGCGCGGCAUACUCGAGCGCAGGGAAGAAGACGGCCGCAGGGACGGCUGCGGGCGUGGGGAUAGCGGCCGCGGCUAGGACGGUGGCCGUGGGGAAGAAGGCCCGCGCGGGGAAGGCGCCCGCAGCUACGAAGGCGGCCGUGGGGACGAAGACCCGCGCGGGGAAAGCGGCCGCGGCUAUGGCGGCUGCGGCGGGGACGGAGGCCGUGGGGAGGACGACCCGCGCGGGGAAGGAGGUACCUUUUAAUCAGAUGACCAUCAUGCAGUUGCACAACGCCUUAGCAGAAUCACAUGAGAGGGUGGUGGCACUUCAAGAUGAGCUUGCUGGGGAGAGAGGAAGGAAGAAGGCCAUUGAGCGUGCACUUAAAGCAGCGAUCAUGGAUCAGAGAGGUGGCAGAAACAUCUAG